AUGAGCCGGCGGAUAGCCAUCAUCAACCCGGACACGGGCAAGGAGGUGUCCACGUCGCGGGAGGAGCCGGCCCCGGCCGGCGGCGCCGACAAGGAGGCCUCCGCCACGCAAGGGGGCACCACAGGUGUGGCGGCUGAGUUCGCGAAGAUGGUGGCGCAGGCGGCGACGUCUGGCGCGCCGCGCUCGCGGACCACAUCCGAGACGGUGGUGACGCCAGCCGAGGGCGCGCCGCCGCCCACCUCCGCCGACCAGCUGAACGGCGCCGUCACAUCGCCGCCGGGCGCCGGUCGCCAAAGCUCACAGAAGAAGACCAAGACAAAGCAGAAGAUGCGCGAGCUUAAUCGGCGCGCCGAGGGAAAGGAGGGUGGAGGAGACAUGGACGCCUUUGUAGACAGUAAGCCGGUGGUGGAGCGUCCCCCGGCUCAGUCGGCCGAAGGGCCGGCGCCCGUGGGAGCGUCUCCGACAUCAGUCCCAGCGUCUACGCCGAUCCCGACUCCGCCGCCGGCCGCCGAGCCCACGGCGGCGGAGGUAGCGCCCAAGCGGACAGGCGCCGACGCCGACGAACCGACGCCGCCUGUCGAAACCAAGCCACAGUCGGUGCCCACCGAGGUCAAGACGCAGGUGACGCUCGCCGAGCCUAAGCCGCAGUCGACGCCCACCGAGCCCAAGCCGCAGCCGACGCCCACCGAGCCCAAGUCGCAGUCGAUGCCCGCCGAGAUCAAGCCGCAGUCGACUUCCACCGAGCCUAAGCCGCAGUCGACGCCCACCGAGGUCAAGUCACAGUCGACGCCCACCGAGCCGAAGCCGGAGUCGACGCCCACCGAGCCCGAAGCCGCACCGGAACAGGAGCAGAAGCAGAAGCAGGAGGGAGGCCAGGAGCAAGAGCUGGAGGAGGGCGAGAUCGUGGACGGCGAGACGCCGGUUGUGAACGGCACAGCGGGCGAGGAGGAGGCGCCGGCCACGCCCCAGAAGACCAAAUGGCAGCUGGAGGUCGAACGGAUGAAAGAGGAGUCGCUGCUUAUCGGCCACAAGAUGCAGUACGACCGGGACGAGCUGCUCAAGCUGCAGGUGCACCCGCUGUCGCGGCAGCGGCCCGACCAGCUGCCCGACCUGCCGUCGAUCGUGCGUAAGGAGCGGCCUGCGGGUGACGCGCGCGCCUUCGCCGCCAUCAAGUCGCGCAGCAUGGGCCCGACCACCGGCAUGCAGGACUACGCGCCCGGCUUCAAGCCGCUGCCGAACAAGGGCUACCGCGGCGGACGCGGCUCGCAGCAGGGCCGGCGCGAGAUGCAGCAGCAGGCCGGCCCCGGGCCUGGACCGCGCCGCAUCGAAAUCAGCCUCAACCGCGACGUCAAGCUGCGCGAGACGGAGAACGCCUGGAAGGC